AAACACUGCGUACACCUCAGCAAAGUGUUAAGUGUUGACUUUCUCAGCUUUGCUGUGGUCUCCGGUUACACAUGCUGACAAGGAUAGCUGCCGCGUGCGUGCGUGCGUGCGUGACAUAAGUUACACACGAGGGUUGUACAUGGACGUGAAAGUGUCUCGGCGUUUCCAGUAUGCAACACAUGUGAAAUUCAUCCCACGCAGAUUGAGAAGCAGCUGCUGGAUCACGAGGGCUUGAAUGGGGAGAUGUGGUGCUACCAAAAACCGGGGUUUGAAGCCCUCCUCAUCGCUGAGCUGCAGAAACAGCAACAGUGCAGCCAGUUCUGUGACACUCUGCUCAAGACAGAAGGCAUAUCCGUACCAGCACACAGUUGCGUUCUCUCAGCUGUCAGCCCCCACAUCUCCUCCGCUCUGUCCUCCGCGCCCCCGCCCCCUGCAGGACAGAGCCGUCUCUUGGAGUUUCGGGCUCUCGGCGCCUGCACACUGCUCCACAUGGUCAGACUGCUGUACUGUGGGGAGAUGGCAGGAGAGGGGGAGAAUGAAAAGCAAGAGGCUAUUUCUGCUGCAGCCAAGCUGGGCAUCCAUGGGCUUGUGGAGGUCACAAAAAGAGAUCGUAAGAGCAGAAAAGAGGAAGGAGAAGGCUGCCAUACGGAGGUAGGAGUGCAGACGGAGCCACUGAUCUCUGAAGAGAAUGAAGGGAGCAGGUGGAGGAGAGAAGUGAGGGAUGGGAGCACCUUCCUGUGGAAAGAGACACUGUCAGAUGGUGAAAAAGAAACAUGGACUCAGACAGAGGAGCAGCAGGUAAACACGGGUCCCCCUUCUCACCCAGCAGCCUCCUUUGAGACCAUUGAUAUUGCUGCUCUUCAGAGUUUUGGAAUGACGGACUCCCAUCUUUUUCCCCCUGAAAUUCCCUACAUUCCCAUAUCCCUCGUCUACCCACCAGAUGAAAACCAAACACACCAACCCCUAUCUGCUUUCGUAGACUCUAUUCAAGAAUCCACAGCAGCUGAACACACAUCUGUUCCUGUUGUGGCACCGCCGCAUGCCUUUGUCCCCCCACCCCUCUUUCCUUUUACCAGCCAAGCGACCUCGUGUGGUGCUGCCUCUCAGAGCUGGUGGGCUGCCCCUAAGGGAGCGUCCAGAAAUGUUGCAGCAGCGGAAGACUUGGAGGAUGAGCAGUUAGAGCAGUUUCAAGGCAACAUCCCAGGAUACAUCAGCUACUUCCUGAAACCGGACAAGGAGGAGGGCUCCCGCAGGGGGCGAGCAAGGAGUAGGCGGGGAGCAGGGGUGGGAGGAGCCAGGAGAGCCGGGACAGGCGAGAGAAGAGCCAGGAGACCACGAGGAAGAACAGGAGGGAGGGGAAGAGGAGGGUUAACUCAGACAGUGGAUGUGCAGGAGGUGGGGGUGAGCAGGCUGCAGAAGUUGUUCCUGCACAGGUGGGGUCUGAGGGCAUCCAUGCCGGGUCAGGGUGGAGGAGCUGCAGGCAGGAAGUUGUACCUGAAGACCAGAGAGCUUCUGAAGCCAGCCAAGGGGAGAAGAGGGCGCGGCAAAGUGCUGGAGUUCAGCCAGAGUGGAGAUGUGCCGGCGUACGGUGAGGGAGGAGGUAACACGCAGCGUGAGGGGAGGAGUACAACGCAGCAGUUUAACCAGGAUGGUCUUCCUGUUGGCAGAGGUCGGAGGGCGAGGGCCAAACCAACAACAUCGGUUUCCUUUUCUUCCCCUCACUUCACAUGCUCCAGCGCUCAAACCUCAUCCGCAUUCAGCCCCGCCCUACAGCCUUCUCCGUCACCUGGCCUGCAGUCUGCAGCCUCUUCAUCCCUCCUCCACAGCACCUCCCUCCCUCCUCCACCUCAUGAGGAUCACCCCGAACACUUUGAUCGUCUGCUGGAGGAAGUGAUGAUGGGCCUCGACAUUUUACCAAACAACGGCGACGGUGCUCCGCAUUCUCAGCCUCCUCUUCCAACCAGAAGCAGCCAUUAUGCCUAUGGCUCCUGUGGCAAUACUUUGGCCCAAAACAAACAACAAGGCUGUACCAGUGGCUUCCUGGAGGCAAAUACAGGUUUUCACGGGUCCACACAUGUUGUUGCUGUAGCAAGAGGAGCUGGCAGCUCCAGCUCUGCAGUCAGUGAGAUGCCCGUUUUGCAGCAGCAGGGAGAGGGAGAGCUGAACAAGAUGCUGGACCACUUCCUCCAGUCCUUUGAGCAGCACGUUGACAGCUGUACUGUCAGGGACGAGGUGGAGAUGUGUGGUCAAAGCUGCACAGAGACUAGCCAGCCUCACACUGUCCAUCGCAAAUACAGAAAAACCAAGACCCCUCACACCCCUCAUCUACAGAAUACACACACGCUGCAUCCAGCCAGACACUCUGAAAUAACUGAACUGCAACAGAGUGAUGAAACUGAAAGACUGCGGAGAUGUUCACAGCCAUGCAAGGCUUCUGCUUGCGGUGCCGCUCCCCCGAAACAUACAGCAUCACCGGGGAAAGUCAGAGCGCCAGCCAAACGACGGAAAAGGGCGCGGAAACCAGCGUCAUCAAGUGACGCAAAGACCAAAAGUAUUCAUGACCGAGGAAACAAGCAGCUGAAGCAGAUGCCUGUGGUGAAACUGGAGAGGAGUGGCCCGCUGCCAGCCCAAGUUAAACUGCACCAACCCAGCUGUCCGGAAGUCCAGAAACUGGCAAAAACAAAGACCGGUGCAUCAUCCCGGAAAUACCCACGUGAAAUGGUUCAGCCAUUCUCAUGGAGCACAAAGGUGUACCCAAUCAGGAGUAGGUUUAGAGAAGCACAUAUCAUGGACAGCCUGCCCUUUCUUGAGGAGCCACCCUCAGCAGGCCUACCAAGACCAAGGCGAGGCAGGCCAAAGAAAAAUGGACAAAUUCUCAGUUUUUCUAGUGGUGGGAGUUCAGCACCACUUAUUCAGCCACAGCCUGUGGAGCCCUGUUGCGUCGAUGAACGACUAGAGAGAAACCAAGAGAGACAUGAAGAAGAAUUGAGCGUCCUGCCACAGGAAGAGGCAGAGGCACCUACAAGCAGGGGAGAGAAGAGGGGAGCAGAGUCCGAGAAGGAGACCAGUGACGUGGCCACUGUGGCCAAGAGGGUUUGCUUUGAGCGAAUGGCCCAGCUGACCUCUGAAACGUGCACACUAAGCUCUGAAUCUCCAGACUUUGUCUCUGAACCAGCAACCAGAGAGCCACAGGACGUUUCCAGUGUAGGGCAUCGCAUACAAAGAGAACAACGGGAGGAAGAACCAGCGCGGAGAAAAAUCCAACUCAGGGAAACCGUGGGAAGUUUGAUGGGUGAAGAGAUACAGAGCAGCGAUGACGAGAUCAUCGACGUGGAUGGACCGACUCUGUCGCCUUUUGUCAAAGUGAAGCCUUCUGUUUCACCCUCCUCACACUCAGCCAGAGAGCUGAGUCUGGGGUCGACGGGCAGCUGGGAAGAGGACGACGACGAGGACAUUGAUGUGAUUGGCGGUGCCAGUCCCGCUCCUGAUCCGGUGAUCAUCAGCUGGACAGAGUCUUCAGAAGAGGAAGGAGAUGAGGAUGUUGAUGUUGUCGGUGAAAAGACAGACUACGCUUCAUCGGCGGUGUUGUCCACUGUGAGUAAAGGUGAGCUUGUUGACAGAAAAUAUCAGACUGAGGUGCUCUUACGUUAGCUUCUGUGACGUGCAGUUUUCUUUUCUACCCGUCUUCCUUAGUUUGUGUUAUUUCCAACAUUUCCCAGAAGACAUUCACUGAAUUUCUUUCAUUUAGUGAGUUGCACGGCGGGGAGAGAGAUAGAGAUCAAGACAAAAUGUGGUUUCAUCAUACAUGUCUUCUGUUUUUAUUGCGUCCACCUCCAUGUGCAAACACACUGACAAUCACGUGAAGGAUUUUUGUUUUCCUAUUCUACCAAUGUUUAGGAAAAGAAGAGUUGUGAGCAACAUGUUAGCUAUUUGUUUGGAUUGAACGAAAGGAAAGUUUGUUUGUUUUUUAAAAUCUUGAACGUGCAUCAUGAUGCAUAAACACACUUUAAUCAGUAACAGUUUAUAUGCAGCUAUUCAGUUUCAGCUCUUGAGUUGAGUAUACAGAUUUAACCAUUGUCAAACUGUUAAAGGUGACUGGAAUCGUUCAUUCUUUUUGCACUUUAAAGAUAUUUAGCCACUGACUACGUAGAGUUACAGAGUAGUUACUGCUAUGUUCAAUAAUUUGUGAUUGUUAAGCAGACAUGUUCAGCAAAGUUUGUUUUAACUGUUAAGUGUUGAAAACAAGACUAACCAAGCAGUUUAGAAAGAGGUUCGCUGCAAAGAAAAUCAGGUUUAUGUACCGUCAAAGGAAUUAAGAGUGUUUUAUUAGUUGUGAAUAUGACUAUGACUGUAUUAGUUGUAAAUAUGAUUGAUAAUGUCAGCCUCUGUUUUGCCACUGUUUGUUUUAAAUGUUCCAGGAAAACUUGUGUCUUAUCUCUCAGGUUAUGUUUGAUAAUGUUCCCUGUGGCACUUUUGAGUCUCGGACUCUGAUUUCUAGAAUAAAAACGUUGUCUCUA